CGGAGCGUGCCGAGACCGCGGCCGACGAGGCUUGAGUGCUCCAUGGGGGGGUGGCUAUGGGGCCGCUGUCUGGCAGCAGCGCCGCCUCGUCUUCAGCGUUCGCCGGGGAGCAGCCGGGUUCCAAGCCCUGGUAUGCGGGCAGGUCUCAGGAGCCGGAGUCGGGUUGGGAACGAGUCUUUCAGCUCUUCCGCAAAGAUGAAUUAAAUCGGUACCCAGAAGAAACUGUCAAUAUCUGUAAAGCAACAGUUACAGCAAGUAUUGUUGGCUUGGUAUAUGGAGGCAUUCCAGGCUUUACAUAUGCCAAGAAACGAUACAUUGAGCAGAGUGCUGCAGAGAUAUACUACAAUCGCCUGGAUGCUGCGCAAUCUGUACACCGUGCAGCUAUACGUGGCUUCAUCCGUUACGGCUGGCGAUGGAGCUGGAGAGUUGCUGCCUUUGUAGCAAUAUUCAACACUGUGAGCAUCAGUUGGUCUGCAUACCGUGAUAAAAGUUCACUCAGUCAUUUUGUUGCUGCAGGAGCUGUUACAGGAGGCUUGUUCAGAUUUCACUUGGGCUUGGGACGUUUUGCAGCAGGCAGCAUUUUUGGAGCAUUGUUGGGUGUUCCUGCAGGAGGAUUGCUGAUGGCAAUGCAAAACCUUUCUGGUGAAACGUUAAUUGAGAAAAGAAAACGGGAGCGAAGGGAACUGUAUGAACAGCAGCUGAUAGAGUGGAACACUAGCCUCAGCAUCACUGAGAGCAUCUCAAAAGAAGCAGAUGAUUACAUUCAAGAAGGAACUGAGAAAUGAUGAAAAGAUCCAGAAAUUAGUAAAUCUUGCCCCAAAUUCUGCAUCUUGACUGAACUGCAAUGGGAUUUGUGGCACAAACUGGACUCAUAACAUCUGUGUCAAAGGAUCUUGUGCUAAAACUCUCCCCAUGCCCUGUUCUUCAGGUCACAGUGCAUUCUGUGGUGGGGGCUCACACAGUUGCUCUGUUACACUUCAGAAUGUUCAACUUGGAUUGAUGAUUUUGAUUAGAGAGGGGCAAAUAAUUGAGUAAAGGGCACAUAGAAAAUCAAAAGCAAAAAAUUCAAGUUUUACUGGGGUAAGCUGUAAGUGUGGUAAGGGAUAAACUGAGGAGGUCUUCCAAGAAUAUAUUUUUGGAAGAGUGGAGUAACUUCCUGAAGGCGUUCAGGACAACUACAUUUAUUUAAAUUUUUUAAGUGGAAACAUUCUAUAAAUCCAGCAGUAAUUUGUAAUACAGUACCCUUUAUCUUCCUGAAUACUGCCGAUCUGAAGAACAUCUUGCAAAAAAAAAAGGUCACUGAUAAACACACAGAGUUAAUGAAGUAAUCUGACUUCCAGUGUGAUCCUGGUAUUUUCAAUGUAAAGAUGGUUCAAUAAAUACACAUGGGGAUGUCUAUGUAUGGAAAAUCCAACUCUUACAGAAUGGCAAUUCAGAUUCUGAAUUUGGCAAAUCAAGAAAACUUGCACACUAACUUUACAUUGUAUAAUGUUAUAUCUAUAUUCAGAUUUCACAGUAUGCAGUGUCCUUAUGUAGGCUGAGCACAGGAAAAACUAUGGCUGUUUGGGACAGGCAUAGAAUCGUAGAAUGUUAGAGUUGGAAGGGACCUUGCAGGUCAUCUAGUCCAACCC